AUGAACUCGGAAGCAGACUACCAGAAAAUGACAAUCGCCCAUUUAAAAGACGAAUUAUCGAAACGCGGAAUUACUCCCGAUCCGAAAGCGAAGAAGAGCGAGCUCAUCAAAUUAUUGCAGAAGGUAGAGGAUCUUCUCAACGAUGAUGUACUUAAUGAUGUUUUGCCCGAAAAGUUGAUUGGCGAUGUAUCGAAACCAGUUAAAGCGACGACCGAAGUGAAUUCUGUAACCACCACCGAACCCGAGAAGGAACGCCCUUCUGCUGUAGCUCAUGAUCCUCUUGCUUUGGAUGUGAGACUAAAGCGUGCACAGAGGUUUGGCCUGCCAAUUAGUGUUACGGAUCCACUUGCUAAAGCAAAGAGAGCGGAAAGGUUCGGAAUUAACAGUCUGUCUUCUAAUGAGAGCAAAGCGAAAAGAGCUGAAAGAUUUGGGUUAAACAAGGAGAUUAAUACUGUUAAUAAAAAUGGGUCUUGUGAUGAAGAAACGAGGAGAAAGUUGUUGAAUAGAGCUGAGAGGUUCGGUUUACCAGUUAAUAAGCAAGGAAAAACACUGACGUCAUCGAAGGACAUAUUGGCUGCCCGAGCUGAGCGGUUUGGAUUGAAAACAUCUGGAGCAACUAAUAUUGGUUGUGAAUGUUUCAAACUACAGAUGGAAGCAGAUGUUGAGGUAGAAGCACUGCGUGCAAUUUUUGGAGACGAAAUCACAAUUGAGUCUAACCUUGACAAUUCGCUAACAAUAGUACGGAAGAAGGUUCGACCAAAAGAUCAGGAGGGAGUUUCGUCCGCAUCACUUGUGGUUGAGUUUGAGCUGGGAAUAAAGGCUAGGUUUAAGAGAAUUUAUCCAGAGAUUCCGCCAGAAGUUCGACUAGUCAAUCCUCGAGGCAUCUCCGAAGAAUCGCAUCGUCAACUUGUCGGAGACAUAAAUCGGAUGCACUGUGCCGACUUCAUCCUAGAGCACCAGCACUCGUCGUCACAAUUGUGUCCUAUCUGUCUGUGUCCAAUGAUGUCAGGACAGGUCUCUUCGACUCCAUGUGACCACUACGCUCAUUCAGAUUGUCUUGACUUGCAUGCUGAAUACACCCGUAAGCAGCUUGGCGAGAAGCUAUCCGCCAGAGAGUUUAAGAUGUGUGAUGACAUAGAUAAGUCAUUGCGAUGUCCUGUAUGUCGUGUCGUGAUAGAGGAGGAGAUUGAUCCCAUUUUACCAUCUUCAUCUCAUGAACACAAGCAGACUUCUAGUCUGAAGGACAAAUCACCAAAUUCGCCUUCUCAACAAGGAUCACACGUUGAAUUCGACUUCGACUGGGAAAAGUGGCGUCAACAACAAGCAUCACUAAUGGUAAUCUACAAGAAACAAAAAGAAAAGGGUGGAAUUAUUGACCUAGAGGAAGAACGAAGGAAAACCCUUGUCACUGAAGAUACGGUAGUGGUACUUAACAGAGAGUUGAAUGAUAUGAUUAUUCAGUCGUCUGCCUCCGGUUCAGGGACAUUAAUAGACAACAGCUGCCUUGGAUGUACAAGUGCAGAUGCCGCUGCUUUGGACGUCUCAACGAGUUUUGUGGACCCAGCACCAACUAACUCAUGUUUAGAUACAAUGAACAGAGAGAACCAUUCUUCUAAUCGUGAUAUGAACAAAGUAAGGAGAUUUGAUGAACGUGCAGAAGGUGGUUAUCAGAAGAAAGAACAUCGUGGAGGCGAGAAACGAGCAUUUUCGAAAUGUACCAAGAAGUAUGCACUUGCAAUGCCAGAUGCUUCUGUUUUAAAAUCAAAGUCCACUAGCGUACUAACUGGCGGACCUCGUCAUGCUUAUAAUGUUCAACGUUCUGAAAGGCACUUUGUUUCUGGUUUAACAAGAGGACAGCACCGAGGUUCUUCUCAACAUCAAAGUGUCGUUACUUGGAAAGCGUCUAAGAGUAGGAAGAAAUCGACUAUUGAACUCUGCGAUGUUCAUGAGUAG